GUCGAGGAUCCAACCAUGGCGCCCAUGUCGCAAGAGGAUAUCGAGUGGUUUAAGUCCACUUUCCACCCAAUUCCAAAACCCCAGCUUCCCGAUGAUUCUAUCGAAUACUCACUCUACCACGUUCCAUCCGGCCCUGGCGGCGCCUCCGUUGAUGAAAUCUCAGAAACGCGAGCACGACUAGUCGAGGUUCAGCGAACUGCAGCAGAACUGACAAAGGACCUUCUGAAAGAUUAUAUUUGGCAGCGUGAGAGUUUCCGUCUCGAGAUAGCUAAGGAAGGUGGAAUUACAUAUUUGCGCGGGCGGACAAACUUUGGAGACUCUAUUGAAGAUGAAUGGGUGAUCGUAUAUAUACUGCGCGAGCUAACGAAGAAGCAUAAGGAUAUUUGGGUCAAGGUUGUGGAUAGCGAUGGUGAAUUCCUUUUAGUUGAGGCUGCCGGGGCACUACCUGCUUGGCUAGAGCCUGAAGUGGCGGAUAAUAGAGUAUGGAUACAUCAAGGGCAACUUGUGAUCAUAAAACCAAAACAUAACGCUAAGCAUUCGAGGAAAGUCACCGAGAAGAUAUCGCUUCAAGAUGCGAGGAGGAUCAUAAAGGAUGAACCAGAACGUUUAUCACACUCCGUCAUGAUUGAAGAAGAGGCAUUCUAUCGGCUACGCAAUUACCCUGAGCAGAUUAACGAGAACCUUCACUCUGCGAUGGUCACGAUCCCACGCAGAGUUGCGUAUUUAUUACGGCAGAAGCCAGCUUAUGUGUCCGCGGCUGUUGAAUCAUUUUAUCUACGAGAUCCGAUUGCUUUGCGGCCGCUUCGAGGCAAGGAGUCGAGCAACCUUAUUUUCAAACCCGAAGAUUUCGUCACAGUCAGCGUGCGGUUCACCAGGGUAGGCUAUGCACAGCUUAAGAGUCAGGAUUUUCCUGUUCCGAAGUCUUGGGUUGGAAAACUACCUUCGAGUAAUGAUCGAAAGAUCCAUGAUCGUGCAGAGACAGGGAUGAAAUUAACAUGUGGUUUCGAAAUGCUAUUGUGUGAUCCACAAAAUCAGGACAAAGCAGCGGUACGGGAAAUGAAGUUACUCUUAGAAGAUGUCGAUACAGGAGAUGAGGAACUGCCCACGGAUGAGGAGGUUGAAAGGUUCUGGAGUAAGCGGGAGGAUGAUGAAAAGUGGCUGGACAUAAGCUUCGAGGAUUUGGAUAGGGAGCUAAAGGGAAGGGGAAAGGAUAACAAAAAUGAGCGCAAGGAUAAAGGAUCUUUUGGAGAUGCUAAUGCCCAAGAGAACCUCCAGCGUAUCGUUUCUCGUUUUGAAGAAUUUCUAAACGAUAACUCGGCUGGCUUUGAAGGGGCCGACUUCAUUGAUGACUUUGGUUCUGACUCUGAUGAUGGAGAGGAUGAGGAAGAUAUGAGCAGCGAAGGGGAAGAUAAAGAAGCAUCAUUCGAUGAAGAGGAGUUCUCUCGAAUGAUGAAGGAAAUGAUGGGCAUGCCUUCAAUGCCCGGUCUCCACGGCGCUUCUCGAGCAUCUAAUCGGAUAGAAGAAUUGGACUCUGCAUCCGAGGAGGAGGAGGAUGAUGAUGAUGUGGAACAGAUACAGGAGCUAUCUAAGCAGAUGGAAGCGGAGUUGAAGGGGACAGGAGUUCUUGACCUAAACCGCCGUCCCCAGGAACGGAACAAAAAAGGGCAGAUACAAUCCGGGAGCAAGAAACCCGAGAAAUCCAAUGUCGACCAGCCCCAGAACGAUGAGAGUGUUGAGGACGAGGAUGAUAAUCCUAAUAUCAACCUCAUGAAGAAUUUGCUGCAAAGCAUCGAAGGGCAGGCUGGUGGGGCGGGGCCUGCAGGAAAUUUGCUGUCUAUGAUGAACUUGCCCAUUCCCAAGGAUGACAGGUCCUGAGCGUCUUGGGGGUUUCCUUGAGCAAGCUUAUACUUGCCAAUUGACUUUCAGCAAGGUGGCAGUGAUUCGCUCUGACUUCCUCACCGUCAUUCUUGGAGAGUUCGACAUCUUUAGUGUGCAACAGGAAAAAGCACCUGAAAGGCGUACCAGAGAUCGAAAAAAUAUUAUUGCUAUGGAGCAAUCGGAAUUUAUGUUAUGGACCAUGGAUGCUUUCAUGAGAUGAGAAUUUAUGAUACCCUGUUCUUCUGUGCUUAUACAGUUUUGAUGGUAUGGGUCAGUUGCUUGGACAAUGUGUUUCAGCCGAUGCCGGGCUAUAGUAAAUAAAGAUAAAGAGAGAAAAUGGCUUGACAGUGGAAUGAAGCCGUGGAGAGUGUGGUCACGUGGACGGCCCGUCUCAGCCAUGUCCUGCCAAUGGUUUGGACCUCAUCCUCGUAUCCAAUUACUCAAACCUGUAUGAUGAAGCAAUUCCUGUUGCUUUUGCCUUGGAUGGUGGACUUUAUAUACUACCAUCGUAAUAAAUGAGC